AUGCCUCAGAUUGAAGAUAGGCCGUCGUUCAUUAUUGAGUCGUGGACGCUUUAUGUCUUCGGCACGCUUAUCCUCUUCUCGCGCUUCGCAGUUCGUUUCAAGACUGUUGGGUGGAGGGGUCUACAAGGCGAUGGUUUCUUUUCUGUGCUUGUUCUCAUAUUCUACGCUGUCGAUGCAUUUACGGUGCAUCUCAUCUACUAUCUCGGCACCAACAUCGAAGCUGGCGUCGCAGCCAAGUCACGCACCCUGACCCAGGAUGAGAUCCACGAAUACGAAACGGGUUCUAAACUCGAACUCGCAGCUUGGUACGCAUACACGGCACUCAUCUGGUCUCUAAAGGGAACAAUGCUAUGCUUCUUUUCGAUAAUGACGAUUGGAACGUGGCAUCAUAUGUUUCUCAAGUCUGUGUCGAUCCUGUGCGCUGCGUCUUACCUUGCUGUCUUCCUCACAAUUACGUUUGGGUGUUUUCCCACUCAGAAGAACUGGCAGGUUGUGCCUGAUCCUGGAGAGAAAUGCUCCUUCAAAAUGCAGAACUUUCUCGUAACAACAGUCCUCAACGUCCUAAAACUCGUUAUCGGCCUCCUUCUCUCCUCAGGAGCAUUCGUAAUUGCAGCAGCCAUAAUCCGUGUCGUCCUUACACUCUCUGCAAAUCCAUCUGCACUGACCAUCAACGCAUGGGGCGUUCGCGAAACCAUCGUUGGAAUCCUCACCGUCAACAUUCCCAUUCUGAGACCGAUCUUCUCAAAGCACUUUUGGAAUGGUAAUGCUCCGAACGAGAUUACUUCGUCUUAUCGGACGACGACGCACGGGACAAGGGGUGGUAAUAGAACGCUUACGCAGGAUAUUUCGAGCCCGUAUGAGCUUACGCCAAGUAUUAACGAUGGAUCGAAACCGAGCAUUCGGGGAAGUCAGGACUCGAUCGUUUCAAAGACUGUGAGGAUGGCUGAUAUCGUUUUGUCCAAGUCGUAUCAGGUCAGUCAUGAUGUGAAUACUUAUGAUGGGAGGUCAUGGUAUGGGGACCAAAAUGGAGCUUCCAAAGCGACUGUGCAUGCAGAAUCUCCAGUUUAG